CAAACUCUUUUGUACAUUUCCCACCCACCACCACCAUCACAAAACUAAUAUAAAUAACCUAUUCUCAGCUUCAUACUUCAUCAAAAUACAUUUUCUUCAAUCUGCUAAUAGAACUCAACUCACUUUCUCCCACUCUCUCUCGAAUCAGAUCAUUUACAUUUUCUUAUCUUUGCAAAAAUGGAGAAAAACAUUGCACAAUCACCACUUGAGAUCAAUGGGUUGGCUUCAUUUGAAAACAGACUUGCCAUGGCUAAGCAGUGUUCCCAACAGGGUGUCAUUGCUGGUGCUAAAGCUGCUGUUGUUGCUGGUAUUGCUUCUGCCAUUCCCACCAUUGCUAGUGUGAGGAUGUUGCCAUGGGCAAGAGCUAACCUCAAUCCAACUGCUCAAGCUCUCAUCAUCUCUACUGCUGCCGGAGCUGCUUACUUCAUUGUAGCGGACAAGACUGUUUUAGCAGCCGCCCGCAAAAACUCAAUCAAUUACAGCAGUGAACAAUCUAACUGAUUCAUGAUUCUGAUGCCUGUAUGAUUAUUGGCUUAUAAUGAUGAUUGUAAUGCAAUGAUGAUGACGACGAAGAAUUUAGAGGGAUCUUUAUAAGUUCCCCUAGUCGAAUCAAUGGGUUCUUAGGAUUUUAUUUAAGUAGUAACUCCUUUUGUUUGUUUUUAUGUACUAAGGCACCUUAGCCACGAGAUGAAUGUACUAUAAAUAAACAAAAUGUUGAAGUUUUCGACUUAUCAAAUGAAAACCAUGAAAGAUACA